CCAGCCCGUGGGUCGCUCUUUUUAAGCUCCCCUGAGCCGGGGCUGCACUCCUCUAAUUGGGACUCCGAGUCGCGGCUAUUUCUGGUGUUGGCGCGGCUCCAAAAAGGCAUCCGCAUUUGCGACCGGCGGCGGCGGCGGCGGCAGAGCCCAGGCCGGUGCCCUGCGCCCAGCCCCGCCGCACCCGGCAGCCCGAGCGCGCCAAGCCGGCGGCCUGCGGAGCUCGCGCCAGACUCCCUCUGCUGCCCCACACGUAGAGAAGGAGGAUGAGCGAGUCCGGCUCCAAGUCCAGCCAGACCCUGGCCUCCAAGCAGGAGAAGGAAGGGACUGAGAAGCGAGGCCGGGGCAGGCCGCGCAAGCAGCCUCCGGUGAGUCCUGGGACAGCGCUGGUAGGGAAUCAGAAGGAGCCCAGUGAAGUGCCAACUCCGAAGAGACCUCGGGGCCGACCAAAGGGAAGCAAGAAUAAAGGCGCUGCCGCCAAGACACGGAAAGCCACCACAGCUCCAGGGAGGAAACCUAGGGGCAGACCCAAGAAGCUGAAGGAGGAAGAGGAGGGCAUCUCCCAGGAGUCCUCGGAGGAGGAGCAGUGACCGACCACUCGCAGUGCCGCCUGCUCCUUAGCCGCCAAGGAGCAGCCUUCCCCUGGGACUGGAAGCCCCGCUCCCACCCAGGCCCCUCCCCGCACCACCGCAC